CUGGCUGCAGCUAGCACCUGAAACGAUCCAUCUUCUCUAGAGAUCUCUUGCUCCUCUCUUUGUCUCAUGCUGCAUGCAUGCGUGCUGGAUUAUUCAAGCACCAUCUAUCUAUGGUCACUGACUGACUGAAGAAGAAUCUAAUCUACCACUACACUGAAGGAGACAAAUUAAGGAGAGAGCAAGGUAGAGGACAACAAGCAUCUUUUGACCUUCUUUGUGGAUAUAAACCAGGAUUAUAUCAGAGGACGGUCGGUGCAGAUGGAGAAUAAGCUUGCGAGUCACUGCGACAUGGAGCUCGUGAAGAUGGCCAUGCUCAGGCACGAAGAGACCUUCAGGCAGCAGGUCCACGAGCUGCACCGGCUGUACCGCGUCCAGAAGCACCUGAUGUUGUCGUCGGAGCUCGUCAGCUGCCGGCGCCAGAUCAGGCGGCGGCGCAGGCAGCAGCCGCGGCGCGCGCUGGACGUGCACCUGCGCCUCCCCGCCGACGAGUGCGUCGUCGUCGCGCCACCGCCGUCAGCGGACGACGGGCUGGAGCUGACGCUGGCCAUCGGCAGUAGUGGUAGUGGCGGCCGGGGCCGGAGGCGGCGCCGGGAUGAGGCUGAUGAGAGCACGGCCACCGCUACUCCCCCCUUGGCCUCGGAGUCGGACAUCUCCGGCGAGAGCCUGCUGACGACGUCGUCGUCGACGGACACCGGCGGAUCGCCGCCGUAUCAGAUUCAGAGGGCGAUGCCGGCGUUCCGUCUCCAGGAAGCGACGACGCCGGUGGUGAAGCAGCCGCCGCCGCGGUCGCCAUGGCUCGUGCAGCGAGUCAGCCUCGAGAUGGCGUGACGUGGUCAAUGCGUUUGUAGGAUUCCAAGGUUUUGUUGGUUGUAUUGUACUUCCGCUCCAUUUUAAAUUAUAAGUUAUUUUAAUUUUUUUUAAAAAGUAAAAAAAA